AUGGCAGAUAUACUCGAGCUGCGGACAGAUGGAAACUCUCUCCUGAAGGCGGUAUGGCUCAGGCGCUUGCGACUAACUAGGCUCCUGUUGGAAGGAGGUGCAUACAUCAACGAGAGCAAUGAACGUGGAGAGACGCCCCUCAUGGUGGCCUGCAUGUCCACACACAGUGACCAGCAGAGUGUGAGCAAGUCAAAGCUUCUGAAAUAUCUGCUGGACAACCAGGCAGACCCCAACAUACAGGACAAAGCUGGCAGGACGGCUCUAAUGCACGCCUGCAUCAACAAAGCCGGGCACGAGGUGGUGGACCACCUGCUGAGCAAUGGAGCAGAUCCCAGUCUGGAGGACAGGAGCAAGGCCUCAGCGCUGGUCUAUGCUAUCAACGCAGGUGACAAGGCAACACUAAAGCUGCUCUUGGAUGCAUGCAAAGCUAAAGGCAAGGAGGUCAUCAUAAUCACCACAGACAAAUCCCCGUCUGGCACUCAAACUACCAAGCAGUACCUAAAUGUCCCCCCAUCACCAGAGCUGGAUGAGAGGUCCUCCCUAGAGUACUGCACCUCUCCGUCUGACAUUAAUGUCACUGCAUCUCCCACACCUGAGCAGGAGCAACAAAACACAGUCUUCAGUUUCCAAACCAAGUUAAAAACCUCUAGUUCUGCUUCAAAGCUAGCCAACGGGCCCACGUCUCCAACACGCCGGACUGCAAAUCCCAAGCGUGCACGUUUGCCUCAGCUGAAGAGGCUGCAGUCAGAGCCUUGGGGGCUGAUCGCUCCCUCAGUCCUGGCCGCAGCAGCUGCCGCCCAAGAGGAGAGCAAGAAAGCCAGCACUGAUGAGGAUGUUGUCGCAGGGGUGAACGGACUCUCUCUUAGUAAGAGGUCAGUUUUAUCUCGACAGAGCAGUGUGGAUGGGAAGGACAGCUUGUUCCCGCUGGUGGGCGAACAACCCUGCAAAAUGACAACCUCGAUAUCAGUUCCUCCAACGUCCAAAGCAUCAUAUGAGAGAUCUGUAGGCCAGCACCAGCUGCUGGCCCGGCGCAGUACUGUGCCCACAGAGGAGAGCAGCAGCUGCAGCAGUCUGAGAGACACAAUGCAUAGAAGACAUCUGGGGAACGACCACUAUGACUCAGACUCACAGCUCUACUCAGGCUCUGCCAUGUUAGACUCUCCGAAGAUCCCAGGGGAUCGAAGGAAACUAAACACUUCUCCACUAGCGAUUCUGACCGGCUCCAGGGAAUCUCUAGAGAGCAACACCAGCCCGUCCUCCCCCAGCGCAGCACGCAGGCGGGUACCUGGCUUCCUGGAGAGGAGAGGCUCAGGCACUCUGCUGCUGGACCACAUCUCCCACACCAGGCCCGGACAACUGCCCCCUCUCAACAUCAACCCCAACCCUCCCAUUCCUGACAUUGGGGCGAGUAGCAAGCCCUCCUCACCUCUGGCCACAGGGAUUAGAUCUAUAGCUCCAGUAGCACCAAACACACCAAAGAGAGGCGGCCUCAAGUCCAAGAAGAAACUUGUGAGGAGGCACUCUAUGCAAGUGGAGCAGAUGAAGCAACUUUCUGAUUUUGAUGAGCAGGCUCAUUAG